CUUUCUCUCAAUCAGAAUCUUACAACCAUCACCUUCACGGGCUUACUAUAAAAAUCCCCCCUUUUCCUUAAAUUAAAUUAAAUUCAUCAGGCUUUCUCUCCCUUUCUUUCCUUCCUUCCUUUUAUUUUUGGGGGUUUUUUUGGGUUAUUUUCCUUUUAAUUAUGAAUCCAUAGAUGGAGGCCUUGAUUUCACAAGCUCAGAGGAAAGAAUAUUACUUAAAAACUAAUAAAAAAUGGUCAUUUUGAGUAAAAAGUUUUGACCCAAAAAGAGGAAAACAAAAGAGAAAAUGUCAGUUGUGGAGCUGAAACAGAGGCUCUCGGCGGCGACGGAGACAGUGAACAAUCUAAGAGAGCGAUUGAGACAGAGACGCCUACAGCUGAUCGACACUGAUGUCGCCGAAUAUGCAAGGUCGCAAGGGAGGAGUCCAGUUACUUUUGGCCCAACGGAUCUGAUUUGUUGCAGGACCUUGCAAGGUCACACUGGCAAGGUAUACUCAUUGGAUUGGACUCCAGAAAGGAAUCGAAUUGUCAGUGCAUCUCAGGAUGGACGCUUAAUUGUGUGGAAUGCUCUAACAAGCCAGAAAACUCAUGCCAUAAAGCUGCCUUGUGCAUGGGUUAUGACAUGUGCUUUUUCUCCAACAGGUCAAUCAGUUGCCUGUGGUGGUCUGGAUAGUAUGUGCUCUAUUUUCAACUUGAAUUCACCAACUGACCGGGAUGGAAACCUACCAGUAUCAAAAACCCUUAGCGGGCAUAAGGGCUAUGUUUCCUGUUGUCAGUAUGUUCCAGAUGAAGAUAUUCACAUUAUUACUAGUUCUGGUGAUCAGACAUGUGUUCUAUGGGAUAUAACCACGGGCCUCAGAACUUCUGUUUUUGGGGGAGAAUUUCAAUCUGGACAUACCGCUGAUGUUUUAAGUGUCUCAAUUAAUGGAUCAAACUCAAGAAUGUUUGUUUCUGGUUCGUGUGAUGCAACUGCCCGAUUGUGGGAUACUCGUGUUGCAAGUCGAGCAGUGCGUACAUUUCAUGGUCAUGAGGGUGAUGUUAACACUGUGAAGUUCUUUCCAGAUGGCAAUAGGUUUGGAACUGGAUCAGAUGAUGGAACUUGCAGGUUGUUUGACAUCAGAACUGGUCACCAGUUGCAAAAAUACUAUCAGCAGCGUGGUGAUAAUGAGGUUCCACAUGUAACCUCCAUUGCAUUCUCCAUAUCUGGAAGACUUCUUUUUGCUGGAUACUCUAAUGGAGAUUGCUAUGUGUACACCUUAUUGGCAAGGGUUGUUUUGAACUUGGGAUCUCUCCAGAACUCACAUGAGGGCCGGAUUAGCUGUUUGGGUUUGUCAGCUGAUGGUAGUGCCUUAUGUACAGGAAGUUGGGAUACAAACCUCAAGAUUUGGGCAUUUGGAGGGCAAAGGAGGGUGAUUUGAGUCGUAAGAGAGGAAACUUUUUCCAUAUUGCAAGUCCUCUGAAUCUCAGGCCCCAUUCUUCCUAAAGCAGUGGUGCAUUAUAUCCUAUGUGGAAGAUUCCUCUGUAUUUCAAUCAUGUUGGAGGUUUGGGAAACCAUAAUCUUGUACUGUUGCUUGAACUUAGAUGUGGAAAAGCCAAUUUGAUUAGUGGGUAAAGAGAGAUUAAAGGUAGCGUUGCUUGAGAACUUGUAUUGCCAGAAAGGUUCAUUUGCAUUUUGUUAGCUUUGCCUGAUUGUGAUUACUAGUUUUUCUUUUUUCCAUAGUAACCAACUCAAUUAUCGACUUUGAUUUUCCUUCCCCCUGUUGUGUGUACCAUUUGUGUUCAUCCUUCUAAAAGGCUGACAGAUUGAUAUAGCUCAAUGCCGUUGAGGUAAAAUUCUUUAUAUUUAAGUAUGUUCCUA